AUGAUAGACAACUCCCUCGUCGCCCCUGCACCAAGGUUCAGAGGGCCACCACAACUCCCUCGUCGCCCCUGCACCAAGGUUCAGAGGGGCCACCACAACUCCCUCGUCGCCCCUGCACCAAGGUUCUGGGGGCCACCACACCCCCUGUCGCCCCUGCACCAAGGUUCAGAGGGGCCACCACAACCCCUCGUCGCCCUGCACCAAGGUUCAGGAGGGCCACCACAACUCUCGUCGCCCCUGCACCAAGGUUCAGAGGGGCCACCACACCCCGUCGCCCCUGCACUGCUGUUCAGAGGAGCCACCACAACCUCGUCGCCCCUGCACCAAGGUUCAGAGGGGCCACCAUAA